AUGAUAAGUAGGCGUCUCCAGACUGCCGUCACAAAUACAUACUAUGCCGCUGAUUUACGUAUCAUUUACACUUCUAAACCAUUUCCCUCAUUGCAAAUGAAAGACAAGCUACCGGUGGAAAUGACCUCAUUGUGCACUUACCAAUUCGUGUGUUCCGGUGGAACCACUCACAUUGGUCGCAUCGCCGCCGCUUGGCCGAACGCAUUUGAGAACACCACCCCAUUUGGCCUAAUCGCGGAUUGA